AUGGCUCAAAAUAAACAAGCACUUAAUGUUAAAGAUGCGCUUUCAUAUCUUGAUCAAGUUAAAGUGCAGUUUUCAGAACAACCCGAGGUCUACAACCGUUUCCUAGAUAUUAUGAAAGACUUCAAAAGUCAAACUAUUGACACACCGGGGGUUAUCGAACGGGUCUCUACCUUAUUCAAAGGGCAUCCAGCAUUAAUUCAAGGUUUCAAUACCUUCUUACCACCUGGAUAUCACAUCGAAUGUUCAACGAAUCCACACGACCCGGAUUCAAUCCGUGUUACUACCCCAAACGGAACGACAACAACACAAAUAGGUCCUAUGGAAACGCACCACGGACAGCUAUCGAAUAUCGCUGGUGCCGGAUACUAUCCAAAUUCUGGGUAUCCACGUCCGCCCCCACCUUCAUUGAUGCCAACUUUGACACCACAUCCCCCAAACACUUCGCUCCAAAUGCAAGUUCCAUACCACAUGAGCUCACCGCAACAAUCCGUAGGACAAUCGGUGGCUCAGCAAACUAUUGCGCAGGCAGUACAAUCGGUAGGAGUCGGUGUCACGGGCAGCACCUCGCCUCAGCAACAGGGGAAAAAAGCACCUGUCGAGUUUAAUCAUGCAAUCAAUUAUGUAAACAAAAUAAAAGUGAGCAUUCAAUUCGAGUACGUUGUGUUGGAAUCCGUGGAAAAUCGUUUUUCGACCGAACCAGACACCUACAAAGAAUUUCUGGAGAUUCUACAAACUUAUCAAAAAGAUCAAAGACCGAUCCAGGAGGUUUACUCGCAAGUUCAAAAGCUUUUUAAGAGUGCUCCGGAUCUUUUGGACCAAUUCAAACAGUUCCUUCCUGAUACUUCCGGUAACGUCGCUUCCGGUGGAUUAUACCCUCCGCAAACCCACGGGACACCGAAACAAUCUCACUUGUUACCAGCGAUUUCCGCACUCACAAAUAAUAGCUCUGGCCCGAGGUUGCCUCCGGUUGGUAGUUUUCAAUCAUCCGCAUCCGCGUCUUUGCCAGCGGUUAAUGAGUCAUAUAAGAAAAACUCAUCGGGGAUUGGAUCGACCAGUCAUUUAUCUGCAACUGGUGCAAGCUCCAUGAGUUCAUCGAGUGUUAAUAAGAAAAAAAGGUCCGUUCUCCCAAAUUCGGAACGGAUUCCAAACCCCAUUCCUGGCAAGUCCAAAAAGUCAAAGACUUCACAUAAGACGUCGGGUGAACAAGCUCACUCGAGCUCAUCGUCUAUGGGGUUAAAAGUCGAUUCCAUGAAAAUCUUAGAGCCACAACCGCUCGCGUCCACCGAGGAAUUGGAAUUCUUUGAAAAGGUCAAAAGGCAUAUUUCGAAUAAACAAAGCUAUAACGAAUUCCUCAAACUGCUAAAUCUCUAUAGCCAGCAGAUUUUAGAUGGCAAGGAUUUGCUAAAAUUAAUGGCCCCGUUUUUAGGAGGAUCUAACUCCGAAUUGUACGCGUGGCUAAAACAAUUUCUAAAGCUCAAUGAAAGGGACGAAAUAGUGCAGAAUAAAGCUAAUUCUAGGCCUCGUGUUGAUUUGGAAGGGUGUAUAUCGCAUGGACCAAGUUAUCGAAAACUACCAGACUCGGAAGCCAAGUUGUCCUGUUCUGGAAGAGACGAAUUAUGUUAUGAAGUGCUUAAUGAUAAAUGGGUAUCUCACCCGACAUGGGCCAGCGAAGAUGCCGGCUUCGUGUCCCAUAAAAAAAACCAAUUUGAAGAGGCACUACACAAGUGUGAAGAGGAAAGAUAUGAAUAUGACAUGUUCAUCGAAUCGGUUCUACACACAAUUCACUUGCUUGAACCGAUCGAAAGAAAGAUCAAUACCAAGUUGACACCAGAGGAAAGAGCUAAAUUUAAACUUGAGCCCGGUCUAGGUGGGAAAUCGAUGAUAUAUCAACGUGUUAUAAAGAAAUUAUACGAUAUUGAGAAAGGCCUCGAGGUCAUUGACGCCUUACAUAAUAAUCCGUGUACUGUUGUUCCGGUCGUAUUGAAGAGACUCAAGCAAAAAGACGAAGAAUGGAAACGAGCGAGGUCCCUCGAUCAUCAAGGAAUCACAUUCAAAAAUGACGAUAAGAAAGCUUUAACACCAAAACACUUGGUUGCAGAAAUUGAAAAUCUUCGCCGCGAACCAACUGACGAUGGGGAACCGGCUGAAUAUCAAUUUAAAUUCUUCUUUAAAGAUUUGGAUGUAUUCAAGGACGUUGCUCGAAUCCUAUUUGGGUUUAUGGAUCGUUCGGGAACCGUUGCUCCAAACGAUCGAGAAAAAAUAGAAAAAUUUUUUAAAACUUUCGUUCCUAGUUUCUUCGAACUUCCGAUAUCAAUUUUUGACGGUAUAAAUAAUGACGAAUCCGUGAUGCUGGUGGAUCACGAAGAAACAACGACCAACGUUUCGACCGAUAAUAAUGAUGGUGAACCGUUGUCAACAGAACCGAUAAGCGGAAUGUGGAUUCAAGUAUCUAAGGAAUCUCGCGAAAACAUAAGAGCUGUGGUUGCCAAUGCGGGGUGUGAUAAACAGAAAAGGAGAUCUACCUGCUACUUCUUUGGCAACAAUUCUUUCUAUUGUUUUUUCAGAUUCUUACAGAUGUUAUUCAGUCGCCUCGAAUCAAUGAAGGAGGCUGCAUUAGAAAUUUCGUCAACAACAUCCCAGAUAAGAAAGCAAAAUGUUGUGGCAUCUGAUCUGGGUCUUCUACCCGACCGCGCCGAUAUUGACAUCGAUAUAGAUCUUACCCGAGAUCCAUACUCGGUGAUGCUUGAUCUUAUUGAGAAGCAAUUCGAUGGAGAACUGGAAUUAUCGACGUUUGAGGAAUGCCUCCGUUAUAUUUACGGAACAAAAGCGUACAUAAUGUUCACUGUGGAUAAACUUGUUCAGAAUAUGACAAAACAGAUGCAACUACUAGUCUCAGACGCAAAGUCGAAUUCUUUAAUCAAUCUCUUCGAGGAUAAUAAGAAACAACAUGAUCAAUCAAGUGUCCGUUCUCAUAUAAUGUAUCAAUUACAUGCAAACAAUACGAUUGGUUAUGACGAGCCAACCUAUCGAAUAGACUACGAUAAGGAGGAACAAGCAAUGACCAUAUUGUUAUCAGGUCGAGAUUGCACGUUGGGAAGCGCAGUCACCUCCGAAGAAAGAUGGGCUUAUUAUAUGUACAGCUACAUGUCCUUGAACCCUACCGAAGGAGUGUCGUCCAGAACAGAAAAGCCAUUCCUUAAAAGAAAUCUGCCUUCUGUCGACGUUUCAGAACAAAUAAUGUCUAAUGUCUCGACUCGUAAUGGCUUAGAAAUUAAGAUUUGUAUCAAUUCAUAUCACGUGUUUUUCGUAAAUAACACGGAAGAUAGCUUUAGGAGGAUAAAUUCUUCUAUACCUGAGACAAAAUUAAAGGAAGACACUGAAAAACGAAAAGAGAUUUGGAGGCGUUGGCUGAAUUCACGUCCUGGAGAUGAAAUGGAAAUUUGA